GUGUUGGCAGAUUCGUCCUUCUCUCUCUCUCUCUCUUUCUCAACCCCUCCCCUCCUCCCCGGCCCCGUGAGUCUCGCGAGAAGCCGGGAUUUAUUCCUACGUGCUGUGCCGUGCUGCUCAUGGCGGCGCUGGAGCGGGGGCGCUGAGCUGUUGGGUAUGAAGUGUAACAGAACAGAAUUUACCACCUGAAACUGCUGCUUCAAGUUCAGAUCAGGAAAGGAACAUACCACAUCGUAACUACAAAAUAAGACCAAAGAAGAGUAAACUUUACACUGAAGACACAACACUUGAUCUGAAACAAGAAGUUUGUGCCUACUCAACAGCUUCAAAAGAGCACGUCCCAACGCUGCUAGUAGUCUUUGUUUUCUUCCGUGCUGUGCUGAAACAAUCCAGUGCAGCACGAGUUAUUCUUUAUUAGCUUGAUAGAUCACUUGUCUCUUGCUAUCUCUUUUUUUAACAAUAGCAAUCUUCAAACUUUGGAACGUGUGCUGAAACGAAGAAUCGGCGAAUACUACUGAAAGUGCAAUAUUAGAAUAUCACUGCGAGCAUUAUAAAAUUAAGUUGAAACAGGCGUAAAAAUAUGGCAAGCACCUGGAAAGAAUUUGUUGAAUUUUCCAUGCCGUCUUCUCCCCCUACUGCAUACGUUAGUGCCAACCUGGGCAAUGCAUCUCCAGUCGGACUGAAUUUAUCACCUUAUGGCCAAUCACUGUAUGAGAUGGAGAACCAUUAUACUGUGUCAUCAGAUCCUCUCCCCCCUCCUGCAGCUCCCCCUCCUUCUCAUCCUUUACCUUUCUCUUCAUCUUCUACUUCAUCCGGGUCUAAAAAACAGAAGAGGACCCCUCUUUAUCAAAGAUCUAUGAGCUUUGAUCCAAACCUUCUCCAUAACAAUGGACACAACGGGUACCCCAAUGGUACUUCUGCAGGACUGCGUGAAACUGGGGUUAUUGAAAAACUGCUGACCUCCUAUGGAUUCAUUCAGUGUUCAGAACGGCAAGCUAGACUGUUCUUCCACUGUUCACAGUAUAAUGGCAACCUACAGGAGCUUAAAGUAGGAGAUGAUGUUGAAUUUGAAGUAUCUUCUGACCGGCGAACUGGAAAACCAAUUGCUAUUAAAUUGGUGAAGAUAAAAACAGAAACAUUACCUGAAGAGCGAAUAAAUGGACAAGUUGUGUGUGCUGUUCCUCACAACUUAGAGAGUAAGUCUCCAGCUGCCCCGGGUCAGAGUCCAACAGGGAGUGUAUGCUACGAACGUAAUGGGGAAGUGUUCUACUUAACUUAUACCCCUGAAGAUGUUGAAGGAAACGUUCAGCUGGAAACUGGAGAUAAAAUAAAUUUUAUUAUUGAUACAAAUAAACAUACUGGUGCUGUAAGUGCUCGUAACAUUAUGCUUUUGAAAAAGAAACAAGCUCGGUGUCAAGGAGUAGUUUGUGCCAUGAAAGAAGCCUUUGGAUUCAUUGAACGGGGUGAUGUUGUAAAAGAGAUAUUCUUUCACUAUAGUGAAUUUAAAGGUGACCUAGAAGCCUUACAGCCUGGAGAUGAUGUGGAGUUCACAAUCAAAGACAGAAAUGGUAAAGAAGUUGCAACUGAUGUAAGACUUUUGCCUCAAGGAACUGUUAUUUUUGAAGAUAUCAGCAUUGAACAUUUUGAGGGAACAGUAACCAAAGUAAUUCCGAAAGUACCCAACAAAAAUCAGAAUGACCCACUGCCUGGCCGUAUAAAAGUUGACUUUGUUAUUCCAAAAGAACUUCCAUUUGGAGAUAAAGAUACAAAAUCAAAGGUUACGCUCUUGGAAGGUGACCAUGUUAGAUUCAACAUCUCAACAGAUAGGCGUGACAAAUUGGAACGAGCCACUAAUAUUGAAGUUCUUCCCAAUACUUUCCAAUUUACUAGCGAGGCUAGAGAAAUGGGUGUGAUUGCCGCAAUGAGAGAUGGCUUUGGUUUCAUUAAAUGUGUUGAUAGAGAUGCCCGCAUGUUCUUCCACUUCAGUGAAAUUCUAGAUGGCAACCAGCUCCACAUUUCAGAUGAAGUAGAAUUUACCGUGGUCCCUGAUAUGUUGUCUGCUCAAAGAAAUCAUGCUAUCAGGAUUAAGAAACUUCCAAAGGGCACUGUUUCAUUCCACACUCAAUCAGAUCAUCGUUUUGUGGGCACUAUAGAAAAGGAAGCCACUUCUGCCAAAUCCACUAGCCCAAAUAAAGGCAAAGAAAAGGAAGCUGAAGAGGGAAUAAUAGCUUAUGAAGAUUGUGGGGAGAAGCUGACCAUCCCCUACCAAGCUAAAGAUGUAGAAGGAUCUACUUCACCUCAAAUAGGAGAUAAGGUUGAAUUUACAGUCUGUGAAGUUAAAAGAACUGGGUUGCAAACAGCUACAUCUGUCAGAAUGCUUGGUAGAAACUACACUUCAAAAAGACUUUUAGGAUAUGUUGCAACUCUAAAGGAUAACUUCGGAUUUAUUGAAACAGCUAAUCACGAUAAGGAGAUCUUCUUCCAUUACAGCGAAUUCUGCGGUGAUAUCGAUAGCUUGGAACUUGGAGACAUGGUUGAAUACAGCUUAUCAAAAGGCAAAGGAAACAAAGUCAGUGCAGAGAAGGUGAACAAAACACAUGCAGUGAAUGGCAUCACGGAUGAAGCUGAUCCAACUGUUUACACGGGUAAAGUAAUUCGCCCUCUCAGGAGUGUAGAUCCAACCCAGACUGAGUACCAGGGAAUGAUUGAAGUAAUGGAAGAUGGAGAAAUGAAAGGUGAAGUCUAUCCUUUCGGAAUAGUUGGCAUGGCAAACAAAGGAGACUGUCUGCAAAAAGGAGAGACCGUAAAAUUCCAGCUUUGUAUUCUUGGUCAGAAUGCUCAAACGAUGGCUUGCAACAUUACACCUUUCCGCAGGGCUACAGUUGAAUGUGUGAAAGAUCAGUUUGGUUUCAUAAACUAUGAAGUAGGUGAUAGCAAAAAGCUCUUUUUUCAUGUGAAAGAAGUUCAGGAUGGUGUGGAACUGCAGGCUGGUGAUGAAGUAGAAUUUUCUGUCAUCCUCAAUCAACGCACAGGAAAAUGCAGUGCCUGUAAUGUGUGGCGUGUUAGUGAAGGUGCUAAGGCCGUAGCUGCUCCACGUCCUGAUAGACUUGUUAAUCGCUUAAAGAGCAUUAAUUUGGAUGAUGCCAGUGCUCCUCGUCUAACUGUCCUUCGUCAGCCAAGGGGACCGGAUAAUUCAAAGGGAUUUGGUGCAGAGAGAAAGAUUCGUCAAGCGGGUGUGAUUGACUAACUGGUCUCAAAGCAAAUAACUACGUAGGAGCAAAUGGUGGGGGUCUGGUGAAGGGUACUGAAUAUCCCCAUAUUCACCCCUUCCAAAUUCUAAGGAGCUAUUACACCCGUUUUAACACCUUCCUCAUGUUAUGUUUAAAAAUAAAUUUAUGAAACAGUUUUAAAAUAUGCACAGUUGCAUCCUGGAGAACGUAAGGUGGCGCCUUAUAGUAUCACGUUUUAGAAGCUUUUUGAAUGGUGCAUUUAACGCAACUGGUAACUGCAAGUCUAUUUUGCCUCUUUAAGUGAACAUUAUAGACAGUUCUACUCUGGUAGACCUUAUGAAAUUCUGCACUGAAAAGAUUAUAUAUAUAUAAUAUACAUAUAUUUUCCUUAAUUCACUUCUGCCAAGGUAUUACUAUGCCUUAGCUCUCAGUUGCUUUACCCUCCCCAGUAUGUGGGAGGUUCACUUCCUGUUCAUUCUCCUCCAGUUUUGAGGACCAUAUAAGGAUGGAUAUACCCUUUACGAAGAAUCCUGUAUGAACACUCAAACCAGUUCCUUAAGUUGAUGGCCAAAUGUUAAAAUGUUUUUUAUGUCUCAUUUAAACUCAAGUCCAUAUAGCAAGCAAAGUUUAUCUCCUAGAUCUCACUGAAACUAUCUUCCAGAGUAGACUUAUAGUUUUUGUAAUUAUCUGCAAUUAGCAUGCACAGUGCAGAAUUUCAUGAGGAUAAGGUGUGCCAUCAGUGUGAUAACUUAAAGAUAUUUAAAACAAUGCACAAAUUUGCUGCUGCUUAGAACACUGCAGCUUCUAAACCCAGUUUAUUUUACUGAUUAAAAAAUUUAAAAAGUUGUGCCUGAAGUGAAUACAUUUUUUUUCUUUUUGCAGCCAGCACCCAGUGUACUGUAAAAGAAUACUUAGGCUUUCCAUAGCUGUAUUGAGACUUUCAUCAAGGUGAAAUAGUUGAUGUCUGUGUGCUUUUUUUCUCUCUCCCUCCAGGCCCCUUCUCCUCCCCUCCCCUCCCUCAGCCACACUUUAUCAAGCAAGCAAACUGAAUGAUUGGUCUAAGUAUUACUUUAACCAAAAAAGAUCAGGAGUUAUUUUCUUUGAAUAGAGGGCAGUACUGUGUUUUUUUCCCAUGUUACCUCUAUUCUCAAUUUAGGGUUUUCUUCUCUGGGAGAUGCAUUAUCUUUGUAAAACAAACAUUGCUUUCUCCAAUUUUUCUGUUAAUGGCGAAGAAUGGAAAUAGAAUAAAGUUUUACUGAUUUUGAAAAAGUG